CGUGCGAGCUGUAGCACAUGUGAGCACGCGACGAAUUGCAUGUGCCUGGCUAUCGCUUGCGCUGGCACGAAACGUCGUGGUACUCCCGGCAGCAGCGAUAACACUACAUACGAAAAGCGUUGGGCUCGGCCUUUUGCUAAUCUUCGUCCGCCAGAUAAUCAGCGAGCGAGCAGUUUGCAUAUUCUGUAGAGCAAGCACACAUUUCAGAAGCAGUUCGAGUCAUCGAGUAGGGGUAUAUUCUCUACAAAAAUGUCAUAUCGUCUGCUCCCUCGAGAGUGCCCUUUGUCUACUGCUACGACUUUCUAUCUCUGCCCCCAAUACUGCCUCAGACAUGGAAGUCUCGCCUUUAGAUACGAAGAUGAUUGCUCCUGGAGCUGCUUGCAGCCUGCAGGAGGAUACGAAUGUUCCUCGUUCCUGCAUAACUACGCGUAGGCGUUGGCCGAACCGUGAUGUUAAUCCCCUUUCCACAAUGAUGAUGAAAAAUGUUACCAUCACUAUCGUGCAUAUCCUCUCAGAUAGAACCUAAACGCAUUAGUAAGACAGCGCGGAUAUACAAACCUUCUUUCUCUCCCUGUCCUCUAUUCUCUUUUUUGCUCACACACAUUCGUGCUUGGCCUACAAUAUAGCGCUUACAAUAAAAAGUAAACAAAUCCUUUCUAAUGUGUCUGUUCUGGGUGUGCAGUGGAAAAACAUCAGUCUUAUGAUCUUUUAGUAGACUUUUUCGUAAUAACAAUAAUGAUGAACCUCAUCACAAGUCCACAACAGUACCCACAUGUUCAAUUCGUCGGUGUUGGUAUCUAGUGUUGCAGUUUAUUAGUAAGGCAAGGGGGAGCGACAAGUAUAUAAACCCCUUCUCUUCCUGUCCAUCUUUCCUUCUUUCUUUCUUCAUGCACUGCGGUGCUUUGCCUACGGGCUCCUACUAAAAACAAAUCGUUCGGAAGAGUAUAUGUGCUUGGGGUGCGUUUCGAGGAAAAACAUAAGUCAAUCUACAGUUUCUAGUAGAUCUAGGCGUGAUAAUGGUGAUGCCCUUGGUGCGACUAUAAUGAUCAUCAUCAUCAUCGAGGAGAACAUCAUUUUUGAUUCGUCGAACUUUAUAGUAGAUUUAGGUCGUAUAACUAAGAGACUAGAUAGA